AUGCAAGGCGCCGCCACCGCACGAGUCGCUUUGUGGAGUGGAGAGGAGAGGAAAGAGGAGGUUGCGUGCCGGAAGCCGGCAAUCGGGCCAUCUUCUCGAGCGUCCGGGCGCGGCCCAGUCACCAUGCAGGCGGCGAGGAGGGGGGUCGCGCUGGCCGCCUCCUGCGCCUGGCUCCUCUGCGGUCUCCUGCCCACAGUCCCAGCCAAGGAAAUCACAUUGCAUUCGCUUGGCCCCUGCAAAGCGGAAUGCCUGGAAUCAGCCCGGAAGAGAAUACGAAUAGACCCGGCCAACGAUACUUCGGCCUGGCUUGUUGAAGACAUGGAAAUGAAACUGGUAGAGGCCGAAGAUUACGCGCUUUCAGGAUUUGUCACCAUACAUGCGGAAUUGGAAAAACCAGUUGAAACAUAUGUGACAACGACACAUUGUACUUCAGCAUCCGACGUCAGCACGUGCCAACAGAACUUGGAAAUGACGUUCCCCGAUAUAUGCGCCAUGCUACGAAGGAAGAAAUGCCCUGAAUUGAAGUUACUAGAACACCUCGAAAACUUUCAACGGUCUUGUCCCCUGAAAGCGGGUAAAUACUUCCUGAAUCAAUUUCCUGUGAAGUCAAAGGAUGUAAACAAACUUUGCAGCUCGGAUGGAGUGUACGAUGUGUGUGUUGCUGUAAGAUCUGGAACAACAAGCGGUUGCUUGCAGAUGAAUUUUUCAUUAAAUGGUAAAUGAAUCUA